CCAGGGAUGUCGGUGUGCGGGGAGGCGGUGGGCGCCGGCUCCCUGCCCAGCGAGCUGGUGGUCCACAUCUUCUCCUUCCUGGCGGCCCCCGACCGGCUGCGGGCCUCGGCCGCUUGCUCGCACUGGCGGGAGUGCCUCUUCUACCCGGGACUUCAAAACAGGAACCUCCAGAAGUUAAGUCUCUUUGGGGAUAUAAGCAUUCUGCAGCAACAUGGAACUAUAUCGAAUACCUACCUUGGAAAGGUUGACCCUGAUGGCAAGAAGAUUAAGCAAAUCCAACAGCUGUUUGAAGAGAUAUUAGGCAAUAGCAGGCAAUUGAAAUGGCUGUCUUGUGGGUUAAUGCUGCAAAUAGUAACUCCCACAUCAUUGUCCUCCUUAUCAAACCCCAUAGCCAACACCAUGGAACAUCUGAGCUUAUUGGACAACCACAUCCCUGGUAAUACCACUCUUAUCACCGCGGUUGAAUUGGAGCGCUUUGUGAAUCUGCGUUCGCUCGCUUUGGAUUUCUGUGAUUUUACAGCUGAAAUGGCAAGAGUCCUGGCUGACAGCAACCAUGUGCCUUUGCAUCGACUGUCUCUGCUGGUCCACAGUGUUUCCAUAAUGCACAAGUCAUUGGACAAUAUGCCAAAAGAUGAGAAUUGGCAGGCGCUGACUCGCAACAGCACUAAUCUUCGGGUCUAUAUAAUGGCUUUUGAUGUCAAGAGUGAUGAUAUGUUAAGGAUUCUUAAGCCCAGUAUCCCCCUAGAGAGGAUUCACUUUGACAGCUAUGUCACUUAUGUUUCAGGGGCCGUUGUUGACCUCAUAUCCAGGCAGUAUGACAAGUUCCUCACUCAUUUUAUACUAAUGAAUGAUGUGAUAGAUAUGUCUGCCUUCCCAGAUCUCAGUGACAACCGGAAUGAAGAUCCACUUGUCUUAUUAGCCUGGAGGUGCACAAGACUGUCUCUCCUUGCUGUUCAUGGUUACACAGUCUGGGCUCAUAAUCUUAUAGCAAUUGCUCGUCUUCGUGGCUCUGACCUGAAAGUACUGGAAGUCACAGAAGAAAGCAUUGAAUUUGACCAAGGAGAACUGGCUGAUCAGGAUGUGGAUCCAGUACACAAUUUCAUUGAGCAAGUUUCUCUCGGAUUGGGUCGCCCUUGGCACGCCGUCAUGGACAUAGAGCUGCUCAGUGUCUUCACUGAGCCAACCCGUCACUUUUACAGAGAGAUGCAAAGCUUCAGUGAAGGCAUUUAGCUCCUUAUUUACAAUUCCUGUGGUUACAUAUGCAAGUAGGGUCCUAUUAUGUUUUUUCGGUAGUGUGAAUUAACCCCUUUUGUGCUGUGUUUAAUCAGUAUUAGCUAUAUAGAAUUAUAUAUGUGUAUUCUACUUCUUGAUCAAAGAACGUAGUCGGAUAUUGGUUUAGAAGCUGAAAGUGGCAGUGUUUAGGGUUUUCACGGUUAAUGGACUUGUCUACCAAACCUUGCAAAGAUACAGCCAAAGGCUGUCUGAGGUUGCCGGCUAACUUUACUUUAAUUGAAUAACUGCAUUUUGAAUUAUUUUGCUAUUAUAUUGGAGUCCUGUGCUCGGGAGCCAACUGUUUUUAAUACCCAUAUCCAUAGCCCAGUGGAUUUCUCUGCUGUCAUUGUGUGCUUAAUCCAGUAGCAUGCUACUUAAUAGGCUUAAGGGACGAGAAGUCUAUCCAGGGCUGUUCACUGUAAGACUCUCACCUUGCUUGAUUUCACAUGCGGAUUCUGCAGCAUGGCUUAACUCCAUUCUCGGCUUUCCGUAGCUGCUAAGCGGCGGUGUGAAACACUAGCGUUCAGGUUCCUGCACUUACAGAUUCACUCCAUAAAGCUGUAGUCUUUUGGAUUCUUUGCAAACUCCUCCUUGUUUGUUCUCAUGUUCUGUCAUCAUCCUUAAAAGUUAGCUUUGGGCCAAAGUUUAAAAGGAAAAAGCAAGAAAUGUACGCUCCGGUGAGGUAAACACAUAACAGUGAAGAAUUCAAUACAAAGGUCUACACCUGCAAACAAACAUUAGUCGUGAAAUCCCUAACAACCAAGUCACUGGAUUUUCUCUGUCAGCGCCUGUGUCAGCUGCCAAAGAAUAGAUUAAAAACGAAGAAGUGCCCACAUGCUGGCAGGGGCAGGCCAACUUUUGGCCAGCCAGAUACUGCUAGAUUGUAAUAUAUAAGGUCGAAUUUCGACCUGUGGUACACAGCUGUGCUGUGGCUCAGUCAGCAACCUCAGAACUCUUAACAAACAUGCACCUGUUUCACUGUGAAUAGUGAAUGUAAAGGAAGGAAAGGAAACAAAUACAAAGCUUGUUCUAUCACAGGUAUGAGCUGCUAUGAUGCAUGAAGAACAUUCCAUGAAGUAUGUUUUAAAAUCUUGUUAUAUCUGAGAGGCUUUAGAAGCCGAUGUAACUGUUUCAGGGCAACCGCGGUACAGACGUGGUCUCUGUGAGACUUCCACCUGACCCCAGUUUUAAGUGGUACGAAUGUUGUGCAUUUAAUGUUUAAAGGACAGUCUGCAAUAAUAAAGUAAGUGGCCAACGUGGGUGCCCAGCAGUGCUGAGACCUGGCUGCUAUAUUGUAAGCUUUGGAAAACACAAUUUAUGCAACAGAUGUCCAGAUAUGAUUCUAUUUAUGGAAAAAGUUUAUAUGUGUUUUACAAAUGGUUUUACCAUCUUAUAUUAAAAUGACCUUUUGACAGGUGUGCGCUGUUUUGUCUCCAGUGAGCACAUACCAUGCGGAUUUUAUAUGUACAUCAGUAGAGUGAAUCCACUGGCACAGUGUGUGUAUAUGCCAGAUGUGGUGAGAUUUUAUCUUAUAAAUGUGAUCAGAUUAAAAAAAAACUCCUGACAGAAAAUGUAAGGAAACCAGCUGAAUGUUUGAAUUGAUGACUGAUGUUGUAUGGUUUAUGUUAAAUGUUAUAUUCUUUUAAUCAAUGAAUAAAGCAUUAAAAAUUGA